CAGAAACUGUCAUUGCUAUGCUGUCACCAUGUACCACACAAGUACCUUGUGAUGUGAGUUUACUAGUGUAUUUGUGUUUUUCUGAUUUUAUAAUAAAUAUUUUUCAGUUAUUACAUAAUCGAAGAUAAUUAUAUUUUCAACGGUGAAACCGUUAAACAAGCAUUACUCGUAUAUCGCGAAGUGUGUUCCAUGAAACAAUCAAAUUAUAUUUUAUAACCUCGUCAUUGAACUUAAAUCCCAUAGAAUAACCUUGGAAUAUACAUAAUAAAUGUAAUUUUUACCUACGCUUGUUUUUGUAAGUGUUUUUAUUGAAAGCCGGGCCUGAUUUGAUCCGUAACUCGUUUAUUGUCUAAAAGAAUGCUGUGAGAUUGAUAUAACGAAAAUGCUUAACAGAACAGUCAGAUCCCAUAAUAUUUUACAAUUUAAAAAACUGUUACGAACGCAGACUUCAAAUGUUAGUGUACGACGUGCCCUCUUCUAUACACCUGUCGUUACAUCUUUUCUAUGUCAAAACCAAAGACUACGAAUUAUCAACAAUGUUAGAGUACAUUCCACACAAAGCGAUCAGCAUAGACAGAAGGUUGUGAUUGAAACGUCAGAACCAAAAAUAGUUAUAGACAAUAGUAAAGUGCUGCAAGAUAAAUUAAUUGAUGAAAGUACAUUAAGGGAAUUUUGGAGAAGGAAGGUGGAUCCUUAUGUGAAGCUUGCAAGAUGGGACAGACCUAUUGGUGUCUACCUACUAUAUUGGCCGUGCUCAUGGUCGAUAGCCCUCGGUUCUCUACCUGGUACGGUUCCUCUACACACCAGCUUACAAAUGGCUGGACUGUUCUUAGUUGGUGCUGGAUUGAUGCGAGGCGCUGGAUGCACUAUUAAUGAUAUGUGGGACAAGGAUGUUGAUGGAAAGGUGGAAAGAACCAAAGACAGGCCUCUAGUCUCCGGAGCGAUCUCUGAUAAGCAAGCGUUGACUUUCCUAGGGGCUCAGUUGACUUUAGCUUUGGGAGUGCUGUUGCAGUUAAACUGCUAUUCUGUAUUACUCGGGGCGAGUAGUAUGCUCUUCGUAGUGACCUACCCACUCGCGAAGCGUUUCACCAACUACCCGCAGAUAUUCCUAGGUGCUACUUUCAACUGGGGAGCGUUAUUGGGCUACAGUGCCAUACAAGGGGCUAUCGAUCCGGCUAUAUGUGUGCCGAUGUAUAUAGGAGCGUUGGCCUGGACUGUUUUCUAUGACACAAUUUAUGCUCAUCAGGAUAAAGAUGACGACGCCCGCAUAGGAAUGAAAUCCACAGCUUUAACUUUCGGCGAACACACGAAAAUAGCGCUUUCAGCGACUUUAGCCCUCAGUAGCGCGUGCUUCACUAGCGCUGGUAUAGCGGCAGGAUUGGACGCUACGUAUUAUAUAGCACUGCUAGCGUAUCUAGCGCACAACGGGGCACAGAUAUACAAUUUGGACGUCAACAACCCUAGAGAUUGCGCGGCAAAAUUCAAAUCCAACUCUUUGGUUGGUCUCAUUGUCCUACUCGGAAUUAUUGGCGGUGGCUACAAGCAAUAUUUGGAAAACAGAGAGAAGAAUCGGGACAAAGAGAAUGUUGCCAUAACCAAAAGCUGCGUUUUCAGCUAAGUGAGUUUUCAGCGUUUUAAUAACGAAAUUGCCGCGAAUUCUCACUUUCAUAAUUGUCUAUGGAAGAUUUCUGUUUUUGUUCUGUUAUAAAUAACAGGUUGUGUAGACCAUAGUUCAAGCGAUAGCAAUUAUAAUUUACUUUGCUGAGUUCCUAUUAAUAAUAGCGGAAUUUCAAUUGUCUUAUUCGUUAAAUUAUAACUCGAUCAAAAUAGAAUGCUUAUUUAUACAGAACACCCGAAAUGGUGUGAAUAAUAUAUUUAAUGUGUCGGUAUAUUACGUUAAAUGUCGUAUUAAUUUUAUUUGCGAAUAGAAAUAUUUGCUCUAAAACAAUAAAUAACAACGGAGCUUUCCUAGGUUAACUAUGAAAUUUAAUUUCGAAAAAUUCGUUAAAUUAACUGAAAUUAUUGUUUUAUGCUUGAUGUUUACCAUCUUUGUAAAUACUUUCAAGGUUUGGUAAUCUUAUUCUCAACAACAACAAACUGUUACUUUUUUUUAAUACGGCAAAAGUUUUAUGUCAUUCGGAUUGCUUCGGGUGCACGAAAGACAUUACUCG